GCCGCGCGCCCCUACAUGGUGCCCGCCGACCGCGCGCGCAUGAACCUCACCAUCACCCUGGAGCUGGUGCAGGAGGACCGGCCGUGCGUCAACAAGCCCCAGGGCCCGGCCGCGGCGCGCGAGGACCCCUGCCACUACUGCCACGACGCGUGCUUCUGGCUGGCCGCCGAGCUGCAGGUGUGGGAGAACAAGGGGGCCACCAAGCUGGCCGCCAUCGGCCACCGCCUCGCCGACGUGCCCUGCGGCGACAACGGCGACGAGCCCAUCUACACGCUCAAGAACGGGACCGAGUUCUUCGAGAUCCGCGACGGCGACCUCUGGAGCCUGGGCAACCUGGACCGGGACGUGGGCCCCUCCAGCAACGGGUCCACGCCGGGCCCGGGGUCCCUGGUGCCGCUGGAAAUCGAGUGCCGCGCGCCCUGGGGCGCCACGGAGCGGCGCGUGGUCGCCGUGCACGUCCUGGACGAGGACGACAACGCCCCCGUGCUGCAGGAGCAGGGCAAGCUCGAGUACAACUUCACCACCGAGUCGCAGCUCGCCCGCGGCGCGCACCUGCUCGUCAAGGACAUGGACUCCAGGGCGGCCAACCGGUUCGGCGAGCUGCAGGUGGCGGACCCCAGCGGCGUCGUCACGCACAAGAAGCUCGAGUUCGACGUGACCCACGUCGGGGUGCAGCACACCCUCAUCAGCAUCCGGCUGCAAGUCCGCGACCCCAUGGAGUCGCACUACAACGUGUCCCUGACCCUGACCGACGCCACCCUGCGGGAAGGGGUCCCCGGCAAGGACCUGCGCAUGGACGUGACGAUGUGGGGUCCGCCGCUGACGCCCCCCGUGGCCAUGUCCUCCAGCAGCACCGCGCCGAAGACCGACGCCCCGCAGACCGCCGACAAGCCCGCCGACAAGCCCGCCGACAAGCCCGCCGAAAAGUCCGCUGACAAGUCUACCGACAAGCCCGCCGACAAGUCCGCCGCCGUGCCGCCGACCCGACGGCGCCGGGCCGCCCUCAACGAGGACACGAUCGACGCGGACAGCUACGCGCCGCCCAUGCUGCUGCUGCCCAACGCCAAGCAGUUCGCGCGCCUCGGGCAGCUGGGCGCGUGGAACGACGGCAAGGAGUACGUGAAGAAGGACGGCGGCCAGGGCGCCCUGGACGUCACCAGGGAGAUGGGGAUCGUGUACGUGGCCAACGCAUCGCGCGUCUUCCCCCGCCGGGGUGACGACAUCAUCAUCUUGGAGGUGGAGGUGUUCACCCCCGGCGCCGCCAAGCCGGACCGUACGCUGACCGUCAGCAUCGUGGCUCGCCGAGCGUACGACGCGCCCGUGGAGCCGCGCGAGUGCGAGGCGAACCAGUCCUGCGCCCUGCACAAGACCCAGAAGACCUGCGAGAAGGCCUGCGGCGUGGGGACGGGGAUCUUCGUCAGCAAAAGCAACAACAGCACCUUCUGCCAGUGGCGCGACCUGUCGCCGACCGCCACCAACGCGGUCAUGAUGGCCACCAAGAAGUACGCGACGUGCUCGCCCAGCCUCGUCACCUGUCCGGACGCCAAGUGCGACCCCCUGGAGCGCCUGGACUCGCGAGUCUGCCCGCAGGACUGCACCGACAGGGUCAUCAACGGCGUGUACUGCUCCACCUUCAAGGAGAACGGCACGGACCGCGGCAUGUGCCAGUGUGCCGGGAUAGGUGCCUGCGACGACCACGGCUGCCAGUGCCACCCCCUGAAAACAGACCAGCGCGGCCGCCGGCUCAAGGGAAGCAAGCGGCACAACAACGCCACCGUCUCCGUCUCCGGCAACGCGACCAGCCCCCGGGUGGAGUCCCCGCGGGAGCAGUCGUGCGACUCGACGUGCCAGGCCACCAUCAUGAUCUGCAUCUUCUGCGCCGUGGUGGGCGCCGGCCUGUACGCGAGCCUGCUCAGCUGCCGCAACCGCAGGCGUUCCAGCGCGAAGCGCGCGGCGCAGACGGAGCGACCGGACGACAGCGAGUACCACCUCCGCAGCGCGCAGGCCGAGGUGUUCCGCCACGACCCCGCCGUCAACACCGCGCUGCGGCAGCCCGCCAACGUGAGCACACGGAGUGACGCGGAGUGGUUUGGGGCGUUUGGGGCUCUGGCUGCAGCGGUUGGUCCGGUUGGUCUCCCGUUGCAGGUGGACCCGCGCUGGGAGGUGCCGCGCCACCACCUCAUCCUCCACGAGGAGAUCGGCUCGGGCGAGUUCGGGCGGGUGCUGCGGGGGACGCUCACCGCGGAGGAGAAGGGCCCGGCGACGGUGGCCGUCAAGACGCUGCGCUCGUCGGCGUCCUCGGCCGGCGGCGCCGAGCUGCGCGACCUGCUGUCCGAGCUGGAGCUCCUCAAGGACGUGGACCACCCCAACGUGAUCCGGCUGCUGGGCGCCUGCACCGACCCCGAGGGCCCCGUCUGCGUGCUGCUCGAGUACUGCGGCCUGGGCUCGCUGCGGGGCUACCUGCACCGCAGCCGCUGGACCGACACCGACGACGCCGACGACGCCCUGGACAAGCAGGACAAGGGCGAGCGGCCCGCCAUGACGCCCAGGAAGAUCAUCAGCUUCGCCUGGCAGAUCGCCAAGGGCAUGGACUACCUCGGCCAGCUUAAGCUCGUUCACCGCGACCUCGCCUCGAGGAACAUCCUGCUCAACGAGAACCUCGUCUGCAAGAUCUCGGACUUCGGCCUCUCGCGGGACGUGUACGUCGACGAGGCUUACUGCAAGCUGAGCGCCGGCAAAGUGCCGGUCAAAUGGAUGGCCCCCGAGUCGCUGCUGCUGCGCGUGUACACCAGCAAGUCGGACGUGUGGAGCUUCGGGGUGCUGCUGUGGGAGCUGUGCACGCUGGGCGGCGCGCCGUACUCGGGUGUCGCGCCCCACGACAUGGUGGCCCUGCUGGCGGCCGGCCAGCGCCUGGCGCGCCCCGAGCACUGCAGCCGUGAACUGUACCGGGUGAUGCAGGGGUGCUGGCAGUCGGAGCCGCAGGAGCGGCCGCACUUCGCCCAGCUCGUCACCAUCCUGGACGGCAUGCUGGCCCGCGGCUCGGGCUACCUGGACCUGGACGCGCGCAUGGUCAUCAACCCCGAGUACUUCGAGGAGCACUCGCCGAUCAUCGUGGCCUGCCCGCCGUGCGCGGAGGGGUACCUGCAGCCUCAGACCAGGGAGCGGUGCGACGUGGUCCGCUACGAGAACACCGCCGUGACGUGAGGGGCUUCCCCGUCCCCACCACGAGCACCUCGGCGUCAAGAACGCCUAACCAAACCGACGAAACACAUCAUGUCGUUGACUCAUAAUUUAUUCAAGCGUGGUGCUUAGUCAGUACCGCUGGACUAAAGUCCACUAAGUUAGUUCGAUAGCUUUCGCAUGACAGAGUGCAACCUGUACUCGCGGCCGGACCCUCUCUCUAACCAAAGACUGACGCAAAGCUUACUGUGAUAUAAACGGAGGGCCUGGCGUGUGUACGCCUCACAAAAUUACGCCGAUGAAAAAACAAUAUUUUUAUAGUGUCUACUGAACUGACCGACCUGUACAUACAUGAAUAAAAGUGACGCGCAGUGGAUGAAAAAAAAUAAUCGGGGGCGAAAGGAAGGGACACACUUUCUUUCGCUCAUCGUUCGAUCUGCUGCUGCUGCGAAAUCAAAGUAAAA